GAGGUGGGGGGGUAGGGAGGGAGAAAAAGAAAGAAAAUAUUUUCCGUGUCCCCGCCUGCGGAGUCAGUGUGCGGUUUGGGAGAAAAUGUGUCGGAUAUUUUGGGGCGGUCACGUGGGCGGGCGGGCUCCAAGAGGCCCCGGGAUUGUCCCAGCCUAGAGCCGUGCCCCCCUGAAGCCCCCCAUUACCGCGAGUCACUAACACCGCGGCGCUCCAUCCCCGAGACCGCCCGACGCCGGGACCUCGGGGUUCUGCGGCCUUACUUCCCCCGCCCUCCCCUCCAGCGGUUUCCACCAGGUCCCUCACCUCAGCCUGGCCCAGUAUGUAGGAGGGAAUCUCUGCAGAGGCCAGAGGGACUCUUGGAGAUCCAUUGGGCAGGCCAGGCAGGGUGGGCACGGAGCCUCCCAGGCCAGGGCAGUGGGCAUGGGCGGGGGCUGCAGCUGAAGACCACCCCCGCCCACUGCAGAGUCCAAGGGAUUCCCACGCAGCAGCUACCAUGGCCACCAAUAAGGAGCGACUCUUUGCACCCGGUGCCCUGGGGCCUGGAUCUGGUUACCCAGGAGCAGGCUUCCCGUUCGCCUUCCCGGGUGCACUCAGAGGUUCACCACCAUUUGAGAUGCUGAGCCCUAGCUUCCGGGGCCUGGGCCAGCCUGACCUCCCCAAGGAGAUGGCUUCUCUCUCUGUGGAGACACAGAGCACUAGCUCGGAGGAGAUGGUGCCCAGCUCUCCCUCACCCCCACCACCUCCUCGGGUCUAUAAGCCAUGCUUUGUAUGCAAUGACAAGUCUUCCGGCUACCACUAUGGGGUCAGCUCCUGUGAAGGCUGCAAGGGCUUCUUCAGACGCAGCAUCCAGAAAAACAUGGUGUAUACAUGUCACCGUGACAAAAACUGUAUCAUCAACAAGGUCACCAGGAAUCGAUGCCAGUACUGCCGGCUACAAAAGUGUUUCGAAGUGGGCAUGUCCAAGGAAGCUGUAAGGAACGAUCGGAACAAGAAGAAAAAGGAGGUAAAGGAGGAGGGCUCGCCCGACAGCUACGAACUGAGUCCACAAUUAGAGGAACUCAUCACCAAGGUCAGCAAAGCCCACCAGGAGACUUUCCCCUCGCUCUGCCAGCUGGGCAAGUAUACCACGAACUCUAGCGCAGAUCACCGGGUGCAGCUGGACCUGGGGCUCUGGGACAAGUUCAGUGAGCUGGCCACCAAAUGCAUCAUCAAGAUUGUGGAGUUUGCGAAGCGGCUGCCUGGUUUUACAGGACUCAGCAUUGCCGACCAGAUCACACUGCUCAAGGCUGCCUGCCUGGACAUCCUAAUGCUGCGGAUCUGCACAAGGUAUACCCCAGAGCAAGACACCAUGACAUUCUCCGAUGGGCUGACCCUGAACCGAACCCAGAUGCACAAUGCUGGCUUUGGGCCCCUUACAGACCUCGUCUUUGCCUUUGCUGGGCAGCUGCUGCCCCUGGAGAUGGAUGACACCGAGACUGGGCUACUUAGUGCUAUCUGCCUCAUCUGUGGAGACCGAAUGGACCUGGAAGAGCCUGAGAAGGUGGACAAGCUGCAGGAGCCCCUGCUGGAAGCCCUGAGGCUUUAUGCCCGGCGACGGAGACCCAGCCAACCCUACAUGUUUCCAAGGAUGCUUAUGAAAAUCACAGAUCUCCGGGGCAUCAGCACUAAGGGAGCAGAAAGGGCUAUAACCCUGAAGAUGGAGAUUCCUGGCCCUAUGCCUCCCCUGAUCCGAGAGAUGCUGGAGAACCCUGAGAUGUUUGAGGAUGACUCCUCGAAGCCUGGCCCCCACCCUAAGGCUUCCAGUGAGAAUGAAGCUCCAGGGGCCCAGGGCAAAAGGGGCCAAAGUCCCCAACCUGACCAGGGCCCCUGACCUACCCCACUGUGGGGUUGGGCCCCAGGCAGCAGACUGACCAUUUCCCAGAUAACCGCCAGUGACUGGGGGAGGACCUGCCCCGCCCACUCCCCACCCUUUCAAUGAGCUCGUUGUUUUGCCAAAGUUUCUAGGGGUGCCUGUGUUCACCCCUGUCCUGUUCUAACCGGCUCCCUCUACAGUCCGGAGGGACUGCCACGCACCUACCAGAAGAGCUGGAGAAGGGGCAAGCCUGGGUCUAGACUCUAAAAUCUCAGCACUGCCUUUCGGAUUCAGGCCACAGGCUCCCCACACAAGAGGAAGCCCCGCCUUCCCACAGCCCUUUCCUCUGCCAGGUGCUUGGGCCUCUGGGAGCAAACAGGAACACUAGAGACCAAAAAGGGGGGCCCUCAGGGAGGGCUGAGCCCACCCUUGUGCCCCACCCAGAGCGCCUGACGCUGUGUGAUGAACCUGCCGCGCUCAGUGCCCUCUGUGCCCCAUCCUAAUCCUCCUGCCAGGUGUAGGGGCAGGCUGGGGCCUGCGUUUCUGGGGUGGGGCCUUAGGGGGAAGGGAGAAAUGUGAGCCCAUUCUGUACCUCUGCUGAAGUACAGCACUCAUCCUGGGCCCUCGAUUUUAUAAGCCUCUCCCUUACUCCUGUCUUGUGCCUUGGCCUCCCGCCCUCAUCUCAGCCAUCAGGCGGGGCCCUCCUACACUACAGAGGGGCCAGGGGUCCCUCUCCUAGUGCCUUCUACCCUUGACCCCCCAGAGCAGGUUGGCCCCUGGGAGGGGAGAUGCUGCUUAGCUGAUCCCACCCUGACCCAGAGGAAACCUCUAUUUAUUUAUUAGCUUUUGUUUACACCCUGGAAAUGACCCCUUCCUCCAGGGGUCUUGGGAGGGGGGAGCCCAGGGCCUCUGUGACCCCCUUUCUUUCUUUUCCCAAGCCCCCAGUUUAUAUUUAGCUGCCAAAUAAGAUUCCUGCAGGCUCCCCCUUUUCUCUGGGGGGUUAGGGUGCUGUCCCCUCCCCUCUGUUUACAUCUCCUACCCCGCUGUUCGCAUAUUGCUGAGUUUUCUAUUUUUGCAAAAUAAAGUGAUGGAAACUCAA